AUGGCGGAGCGGGUGUCGCCAGCGGAGCCUGCCAAGCCGGAGGAGGAGGCUGUGGCACCACACGAAGACGAGGCCGCCGGCGGCGAGCCGGAACGCCAGAAAUGGUCCAACAAGGUGGAGUUCAUCCUCUCCUGCAUCGGCAUGUCCGUGGGCCUGGGCAACAUCUGGCGAUUCCCGUACAUGGCCUACGCCAACGGUGGAGCCGCCUUCCUGAUUCCCUACACCAUCCUGAUGAUUACCGUCGGCAAGCCCAUGUACUACCUCGAGCUCGUGCUGGGACAGUUCCAGAGCCUGGGGCAGACGCACGCCUUCAACUGCUUCCCGCUCUGCAAAGGCAUAGGGGUGUGCAUGACGUACGCGUGCUUCUUCGUGUGCCUGUACUUCAACGUGCUGCUCGCGUACGCUCUGGUGUACAUGGUGCAUUCGUUCAAGUCGCCGCUUCCCUGGAGCAAGUGCGAUCCCGAAUGGGCCGACAGCAACUGCUUCGUCCGGGACACCGACAUCAGCUGCCGGACCAUAGCACACGAUCUCUACCGAGUGUUCGGCACACUUAACGAGAAGACAAACGAUACGGUGGUCUUGCACCACAAGGAGAUCGAGUUCUACGUGCCCCGAGAUGUCUACGUGAACCUGACGCGUGGCUGCACCAACGCCACGCAAACGGCGGCCGAGCAGUUCUUCUACAAUAACGUGCUGAACAUCAGCAGCGGCAUUGACGAGCCGGGCAGGAUAAAGGUUGACCUCACGGUCAGCCUCUUCAUCGCCUGGAUCUUCGUCUGCGUCGCCCUGCUCAAGGGAAUCAAAACGUCAGGAAAGAUCGUGUACAUCACCGCUCCCGCCCCAUUCGUCAUUCUAACCGUGCUGUUGGUCCGAGGAGUCACCCUACCGGGAGCGGGCACGGGCAUCGCCUACCUGUUCAUCCCACAAUGGGAGAAGAUACUAUCCGGCCUCGUAUGGCAGCAGGCGUGCCAGCAGAUUUUCUACUCGCUCGGUGCCUCGAUGGGCACCAUCAUAUGCAUGGCCAGCUUCAACGACUUCCGAAACGACCUCCGCCGUGACAUCAUGAUCAUCACGAUGGCCGAUUUUUUCACGAGCAUCGCGGGCGCCCUCGUUGUGUUCGCCGUGCUGGGCAACAUGGCCCACAACCUGGAUCUGCCCGUAUCGAGCGUCGCCGAGAAAGGCCACGGCCUCGCCUUCGUGGCGUACCCCGAGGCAGCCAGCUUGAUACCGGGUUCCAACGUGUGGGCCUUCUCGUUCUUCCUCAUGCUGCUCCUCCUCGCCGUCGACAGCCAGUUCGCCAUGUUCGAGUCGUUCUUGGUACCCCUCAAGGACGAGUUCACAUUCCUUAGGAAGUACCCGGCUACGUUGUCCAUCGUGACUUCGGCCGUCAGUUUCUUUCUGGGCAUCUCCAUGACAACGCAGGGCGGUCUGUACGUGCUCAACCUCAUCGACACGUACAUCGGUGGCAUGAUACUGCCCAUGAUCGCCGUCAUGGAACUGUACACCGUGUGCUGGUUCUACGGCCCGCAAAGGAUCUCCUUGGACGUUGAGUACAUGCUGGGCUCACCGCCAAGUCCCUUCAUGAAAUUGUGCUGGGUGGUUGUGUGCCCGAUUGCAUUGACGCUACGAUAA